CGCGACGUGAACGCCGCACGCGCUUCGACAACAUGUCCGCCGUCGCCAACACGGUCGCCUGCCGCGCGCCUCUGAGAUCCGCGUUCGCGGGCAAGCGCUUUAAGAGCGCGUGCCGCCUCCCCGGCGCGCCCUCGAACGGCACGUCCGUGAAGACCUCCGCGUCGUGGAACCCGUUCGCGCAGAACAGCGACAAGGCGGGGAUCGUCGGGAGCCAGGGCCGCGACGACUACGAGGCGGAGGACGUCGAGUAUUACUUCAACUACAUGGGCAUCCUCGCCGACGAGGGGAGCAACGACAGGAUGGACGCGCUCGUGGAGGCCGGGAAGCACCCGAUCGACAUCAUCCUGUUGUUCGCCGCCGCGGAGGGGGACACGCCGAAGAUCGAGGAGAUCUUAGAGGCGGGCGCGGACGCGAGCGUGACGGACUUGGACGGGAACACGCCGAUGAUGUUAGCGGGGAAGAACAACCCGGAGAAGAAGGCAGCCGUGGAGGCUCUGCUCGCGGGGAAGUAGUGAUCGGCGCGGCGCGGCGCGGCGCGAGUCGACGACGCGAUGGGUGAUGCGAUGCGAAGAAACGCUCGCACGGUGAACGUUUCAUCCGGGUCGCCGGCGACGGACGAGACGAAAAGGUUUCGACGAAAAAAAGUCCCUAC